GUUGCACCCUCCCCUUUCCAUUUAUCCCUUGAACAAAGUAAUCCUCCCUCUCUAGUCUCUUGUUUAAUUCCAUCACGCUUUCCUCCCGCUCCUCCCUUCCUCUUAUGGAGUAAUAUAUAUAUCCUUUCUUCAUCUCUAACACCUUAUUUUCACUCAUAUUUUCGAUUUCCAUUAAAUACAAUACAAAUAUUACAAUGUGUUCCAUCCUUGUUAACCCGAAAAGAUCAUUAUCAACCCCUCUUCUAUACCUAUCUAGCAGCGCUACCGAAAGCAAUAGCAGCAGCAGCAGCAGCAGUAGUAUCAGUAGCGAUGCGGCGGAAGAUAACCCGUAUUGUUAUUCAAGGCAAUUCGAUCUUAAUGAUGUGAAAAUGUUAGGAGGGUUGUCAAAAUCAUAUAAACUCCUAGAUGUACUUUCGGGUCAUGUAGGAGCAAUUUCAUGUUUAGCCUUAUGUGGCGAAUUUGUGUUGAGUGCUUCCCAAGGAAAAGACAUUAUUGUAUGGCAACAACCUGAUUUACGCCUUUUUACAAAGUUUGGUACGGGGGAAGGCUCGGUCAAGGCUCUUGUCACCGUGGGUAAUAAGGUGUUUACAGCCCACCAAGACACCCGUAUUCGGGUUUGGAAGGUUUCUCGGAGGUCUGAGAACGUGUUUCGUCUACUCAAUACGCUCCCUACGACAAAGGAUUAUUUAGGGAAGUGUAUGAAACAGAGUAAUUACGUCCAAAUUAGAAGACAUCAUAAGAAAUUAUGGAUUGAACAUGCUGAUAGCAUCUCUUGUUUAGCAGUUGAGAAUGGAUUCAUUUACUCAGGAUCUUGGGAUAAGACUUUGAAAGUAUGGAGAUUAUCGGAUUUAAAAUGCUUGGAGUCAAUUAAAGCUCAUGAUGAUGCUAUUAAUGGCUUAAUUGCUAAAAAUGGGAUUGUCUACUCUGCCUCCGCAGAUGGCAAAAUCAAGGUUUGGGGUAAGGACCUAAAUAACAAAAACUCAAACUCAAACUCAAACUCGAGUUGUCAUAGGUUGGAGGGGGUGCUAGAGGGUCAUAAGGAUGUUUCGAUGAACGCAGCCCUCGUCGUCGUCGAAAAUGGCAAUGAGAGGGUGUACGGAGGAGCAUCAGAUGGAUACUUAAUGGGGUGGGAAAGGGAAAGGGAAAAAGAAGGGGAAUUAUGGAAGUUGGUAGUUGAGAUAAAAGCACACCAAUUAUCAAUUUUGUGUUUAAGUUUAAUGGGAGAUAUUUUAUGUAGUGGAUCAGCUGAUAAGAGUAUUUGUUUAUGGAGAAAAGAUGGAUUAAGAGGGGAGAUUAGCAAAGUUGGAAUCAUUAGAGGACAUGAAGGUCCAAUUAAGUGUUUGCAAGCAUCACCUAAUUGUGUUGGAGGUGGAUUUUUGUUGUAUAGUGGAAGUCUUGAUAAAACCCUUAGAGUUUGGUGGGUUUCUAAAGAUAUUAAGGAUACAGAGGAACUUUGAUUUUCAACCAACAUUAUUUCAUCAAUUUUUUAAAAAUAAACUUUGUUUUUUGGGUGUUUUAUUUUGAUUUACUACAAAUUUUUUUAAUGCCAAAACAUCUUUCAGUUGACGAAAGAUUAGAAUUGGUCAUUAUUUUUUGAGAUUGGCCAAGGCUUUACAUGUUCAUUGUACUAUUUGAUUGAAUUUUUUAUGUUAAUUGUAUGAUACUUGAUAUAUUCUUUGAUGAUUGUAUACUUUUUUGUUUACCAAAAAAUGGUUGUAUAAAGAUCGAUGAGCAGU